AUGGAACGUGCGGUAUUGUUCAAGUUUAAGUCUCCUUCCAGUAUUUUAAUCGUAGGACCUUCAGGUUGCGGCAAAACUUGUUUCACCGAAUCUUUGUUAGUACAUGAUAUAUCCGAUUUGUUUGCGCAGCCACCUACCGCUAUAGUGUAUUGUUAUGGAGCAUGGCAAGACAAAUUUGAUCAUAUGAAACACAUGGGUAUAAAAUUUCACGAAGGAGUCCCCGAUGUAUCACAUCUACAAAAAUGGUUUACAGCAAAAGGAGGUAUUUUGGUUUUGGAUGAUUUAAUGGCUGAAGGUGGUAAUGACAAAGAAGUCAUGGAUUUGUUUACCAAACAUUCUCAUCACCAAAACAUUACCGUUCUUUAUCUCUGUCAAGAUAUGUUUCCACCUGGUAAAUACGCCAAGACCAUUACUCGUAAUUCGCAUUACAUUGUGGCUUUCAAGAAUCCUCACGAUCAACUGAGUAUGCGUAAUAUCUUAUUACAAGCGUAUCCUAAAACAUGA